CUGGCUGCUCCACAGCACCGACACUGGCGGUUAGAAGUCGUGCAGGCUUCCCAAGCACAAUUCUGUUUGAAUCCUAGAGCGCCCCUGUUCAUCUGCAGCAAAAAAAAGAGAAGAGAGAGAGAGAGAGAGGGAGUGUGUGUGAGCGCAAGAGGAGGGCGAUAGAGAGAGAAUAUACCUACUCAUACAGCAAUCCAGAGAGGGAGAGACGGAGAGCGAGAGACCGGAGGACGCAACUGGGCUGGGAAAUAAAUGUAAAAAAAGAAUCGUUGGACCUGCUGAGAAACAGAGAGGAUUGCGUUAUUCUCUGAAUAACUGCAGUUUCGCUUUAGAGCAGUCAUUACUUCGUGUUUUCAAGAUGUCAUCGUCGGGUAAAGACAACAGCGGCGCUCAACAUGCCAAUUACGUGGGACCGUAUCGCUUGGAAAAAACCCUGGGCAAAGGACAGACAGGCCUGGUAAAGCUGGGAGUCCACUGUGUCACCUGCCAGAAAGUGGCCAUAAAGAUCGUGAACAGGGAGAAGCUCAGCGAGUCCGUGCUCAUGAAGGUGGAGCGAGAGAUAGCCAUUCUGAAGUUGAUAGAACACCCACACGUUUUAAAGUUGCACGACGUCUAUGAAAACAAGAAAUAUUUGUAUCUGGUUCUGGAGCACGUGUCCGGCGGGGAGCUCUUCGACUACCUCGUAAAAAAGGGCCGGUUAACACCGAAGGAAGCUCGGAAGUUCUUUCGACAGAUCAUCUCCGCGCUGGACUUCUGCCACAGUCACUCAAUAUGCCACAGAGACCUGAAGCCAGAGAACCUGUUGUUAGACGAGAAGAACAACAUCAGAAUAGCAGACUUCGGCAUGGCCUCCCUACAAGUGGGCGACAGUCUCCUGGAGACCAGCUGUGGGUCCCCGCACUACGCCUGUCCAGAAGUCAUCAGGGGGGAGAAAUAUGAUGGGAGGAAAGCAGAUGUGUGGAGCUGUGGGGUGAUUCUCUUUGCACUGUUAGUGGGGGCGCUGCCGUUCGACGAUGACAACCUGCGGAACCUGCUGGAGAAGGUGAAGCUGGGCGUGUUCCACAUGCCGCACUUCAUCCCGCCGGAUUGCCAGAACCUUCUGCAGGGGAUGAUCGAGGUGGACGCCACCAAGCGGCUCACGUUAGAACAGAUCCAGAAACACACGUGGUACAUCGGGGGCAAGAACGAGCCGGAGCCGGAGCAGCCGGUGCCCAGGAAGGUGGCGAUCCGCACGCUGCCCGCGGCCGAGGACAUCGACCCGGACGUGCUGGAGAGCAUGCACUCGCUCGGCUGCUUCAGAGACAAGAACAAACUGAUGAAGGACCUGCUGUCGGAGGAAGACAAUCAGGAGAAGAUGAUCUACUUCCUUCUGCUGGAUCGCAAGGAGAGGUAUCCCAGCCAGGAGGACCAGAACCUCCCACCUCGAAACGAAAUAGACCCCCCCAGGAAGCGAGUGGACUCUCCCAUGCUGAACAGACACGGGAAGAGGAGACCGGAGAGGAAGUCCAUGGAGGUUCUGAGCGUGACGGACGGCGGAUCUCCGGUGCCGGCGAGGCGGGCCAUCGACAUGGCACAGCACGGGCAGAGGUCUCGGUCCAUCAGCGGAGCCUCCUCUGGCCUCUCCACCAGCCCCCUGAGCAGCCCACGGCCCGUCAGGCGGUUCUUCAUCCCCCCCCAGUCCCCCGACCUCUCCUGGUCCCCCAACUCGAGCCCCUCCCACUCCCCGGAGCCCCGCCCCAAUAGGACGGGCGCGGUCACGCCCACGCCAAACUCCUUCCAGCCAAAGACGGGGACCCUCCACGCCAACCCAAAGACGCAGACCCUCCCAGCCAAGCCCAAAGUCGCAGAUAAGCCCCUCCAGUCGACCCGGUCCAACCCCCUCCCCAACACGGCCGUUAACCUCUCCCCCGCCAAACUGGAGUCCUCGCCCGCGCGCCACCUGCAGCGGAACUCUCCCUCGGUGCCCAGCAGUCCCCAGGUGCGCCGGCCGCCGCUGCCCGUCCCGGCCCAGCUGUGCGCCGUGGUGCCCCUCUCCCCCAUCCGGCUGGGCCGCUUCCACCCGGGGCCCGGCAGUGACCACGGCCCCAAAUCUAUCCCCGUCAUACAGGUGACCCCCCACCCCUCCCCCCGGGGGAGCCCCCUCCCCACCCCGAAGGGCACGCCCGUGCACACGCCCAAGGAGAGCCCGGCGGGCACGCCCACCCCCACGCCGCCCCCCAGCCCCUCCAUCGGGGGCCUGCCCUGGAGGACGCGCCUCAACUCCAUCAAGAACAGCUUCCUGGGGUCCCCGCGCUUCCACCGCAGGAAACUGCAAGUCCCCACGCAAGAGGAGAUGUCCAGCCUCACCCCCGAGUCUUCCCCCGAACUUGCCAAAAAAUCCUGGUUUGGUAAUUUUAUCAACUUGGAGAAGGAGGAGCAGAUCUUCGUGGUCAUCAAGGACAAGCCACUGAGCUCCAUCAAAGCGGACAUCGUCCACGCCUUCCUCUCGAUCCCCAGCCUCAGUCACAGCGUGAUCUCGCAGACCAGUUUCCGGGCGGAGUACAAGUCCACCGCGGGACCCACGGUGUUCCAGAAGCCCGUGAAGUUCCAGGUGGACAUCACCUACACGGAGAGCACCGCCGCCCAGAAGGAGAACGGGAUCUACUCCGUCACCUUCACUCUGCUCUCGGGCCCCAGUCGGCGCUUUAAGCGGGUGGUGGAGACGAUCCAGGCGCAGUUGUUAAGCACACACGACCAGCCCGGGGUCCAGCAGCUGUCCGGAAUCAUCCAGAAAACGUAUUAAGCCCCGCCUCCAGCUCCCUGUCCUGACCAAUGCCGCGCGAGAUGGAUGUUUGUUUGAAGGAGGCUCUUUUCCCGGAGAGUGAGUGAGUGGGCGACUAGGGAAAGAGACACUUCGUGCAGGAUGCAUUAAAAAAAAAAAACAACCCAACAAUCCCAACUUCAGCACCUCCAAGAGUGUUACCUGAACAAGAACCCCCCUCUCCCCCACACACACACAGCUAUGCCCCCCCCCACAACCACCACCCCUGGACACGCUGAUCAGAGACAGAGACAACCCAGAGGAACUGAGGAGAAGCCUUAAGAGGACAUGUCCAUCAUGUGUGCAACACACACACACACACAAACACACACACACACACACUCACACACACACACAUACGCACACACACACACACUCACACACACACA